GCUACGUUGCUGCCGCAUACACACACACACACACACACAGACACACAGAGAGAGAGAAGGAACAACUCACACAGCAAUAAUAGCAGUGUGACACACAUCAAAAUAGCUCAACAACAACAACAAAACAUUCUUAAAGGUGCCUGCCUUCUAUCGUUGUUUUGCUUCCUAUCCGGCGUUGCAGCCCACCGCUGUCUUCGACACGUUGAAGACAUGUCGUCUGCGGAGUUCGUGCGCAACCCCGACGUGCACACGGCGGUGUACCGCUGGGAGGCCACCGGCAUCGAUGAGCUGACCCGGCAGAACAAACUCACCUCCCUUCCGUUUUGGGUGCCCAACGCGAUGACACGGCAUCAUCAGUUCAAACUCGUGCUGCUGCGCGGCCUAGUGCCGAGCGCCGACCCGGCCAACGACGCGCUCGGCCUCAUCGUGGAGCUCAUACCCCCUCCACCAUCGCCGGCUGCCGCGGGAGAGGGCGGGGCUCCCGCAGCAUCUGCAGCAGCGACAACGUCGCCGACGUCGGCUUCCGACUUCCCGGGCGGCUGCGCAGUGACGUGUGAAGUGCUGCCCCUCGACGCUAUGCAGCAGCGCGGCGCCACAUCAACGGAGGCAACGCCGUCGCAGCAGCAGCAGCAACAACAGCGUGCCGCCAACGAGAAGGCUUUUUGCUCCACCAAAACGGCUGUUGUGGACGCCGACAACACACAAAUUAGUUUUCCCGACUUAAUCCCAGCUGCCAUCACGACGAACGCUCAUUACGUGUCGGGCACGGUGAAGUCGUUGACGUUGCAGAUCACGAUUGAGACCGGCAUCAGCGUCCCACUGCACCAAGUAGCCACGACCGCCUACUCCUUCUUUUCCUCUCUUUCCUCCUCGGUGUCGCAGCUGCUGGGAACCACGACGCACCUCGUGCACGAAGGCCGCGAGAACCUGAACGCGAUGCUGAAACAAGCCACCAACGCCGCUCCCUCGUCGUCGACGUCUCCAUCCGCCGCAGAAGCGGCCCCGACGAGCGCCGCGCCACAGUCGUCGUCGUCGUCCCACGCUGGUGUGGCGGAACCGCCUCCGUGGGAGAAGCCGCCAGAGGAGUGGCGCAGCCGCCCCGACGCGUGGCGCUCGCUGCUCUGUGAUCGUCUUGCCCGGCUCGACGGCACCUACCGACACGGCGUGGAGAGGACGCUGUCGUGCGACGACGCGGCCCUGCUGGCCGAGGUGGGCCUGUCGGAGUCCGAUCUGUGGUCCCUCUACUCCCUCUUCGACUCCGAUCGCGACGUGCACGAGGCGUUGCUGACCGCCGCCGUGGUGCGUGCGCAGCGCUACGCCCUUGUGCCGGCCAAACUCAAGGAAGAGACGUUCUGGGCGAAUUACUUCUGGAAGGCGCACUGCGUGGGGAUAUGCGUGACGGAGCGGCAGGUGAGCGCGGUGAUCGCCGUGCUUUGUACGCCGUCGCGCGCUGCGGACACCGACGCGAGCGCCUCCGUGAAGGAGCUGCUUCGGCGUAUCUCCGACGCGACGGAGAUCCACGCCGUGAUGAGCGACUUCAUCGAGCGCAAUGAGGCCGGUGAGCCGUGGUGCGCCGUCGUGGCCGAGACGGCUCGCCGAUGCGCGGCGGUGCUGCAGGCCUCCUCCGCGCAGCGGACGGACCUCUCGCAACACACGAUGAAGCUGCUCACCAAGACGCUGGGGGAGCUGAGGGCGACGCUGUCGAGGUACAGGACGGCGCUCUCCACGCCCCCCUCCACACCGGCUACGGUGCCUGCCACGCCCCCGUCCUCCCCCGUCGUUCCGGCCGAUGCUACCGCCUCCGUUGAUGUGGCUGCUGCACCAUCCGGUGCCGCACAGAGGGCAGCAACGCCUGCCCCACUAGCUGUGGAGACGACAGCGAUCGACGCCGCAGCCGAUGCGGUGGCGACGGAGACGAGAAACCAAAGCAGCGCACGAGAGACGGCGUCGCCGCCUCGGUCACCCACCGCAGAUGCGCCGGCACCUGUGUUGGAGUCUGCGCCGCCGCGCCCCGAAGCCGUACGCAGCGGCAGUCGAAUUGAGUUCGCGAAGAUGCCGUGGGAGGAGGAGGACAGCUAA